AUGGCCGGUGAUGAUACACCACCACCACCGCCACCACAAAAAAUAGAAACUAAUUCACCAUUCUAUCUAGGGGCGCAUGAUAGGCCUGGUGACUUUAUCACUCCAAUUCGGUUGCACUGUAUGCUCGUUUCAUGGCUCAUGAACACGAUCGAUCCGGAGGUAAAAUCUAUGCUUUCUAAUUAUGAUAAUGCAAAAAGUUUGUGGGGUGAUUUGCAUGAAAGAUUUUGUGUUGUUAAUGGUCCUCGUAUUCAAAAUUUGAAGGCUCAAAUAAAUAGAUGUGAGCAAACUAAAAAUAUGCAACAUGAGAAAAGGCGUGAAGAUGAUAGGCUCCAACAAUUUUUAUUAGGUCUUUGUUCUGAUUAUUAUGCUCAAACUAGAUCUAAUAUAUUAGCACAAGACCCUCUGCUCACAUUAAAUAAAGCUUAUCAACAAGUCUCACAAGAUGAGCUUGUCCGAAGCUUUGAUAGGGUUCGAGAGGAACCACAACAAGCUGUCGGUUUUGUUGUUCGUAGAGGUGGUGCUCGAGGUCGUGAAGGGUCUGAUCGCACCUCUAGUGGUUCAGUGUGUGCUAAGUGUAAGAAGGGUGGUCAUGAGACUUCUCGAUGUUGUCAAGGCUCGGCACGGGCUAAUGCAAUCUUGGGUUCGGAUGCUCCUUCUCAUGGUCAAGCUUUCACAUCUGAGCAAUGGAAGGCGAUCACGGGUUUAUUUGGUAAAGCCAAUGAAAAUCGUUUGAAUGGUAAGUUUGAUGUUACUUCAUGGAUUAUUGACACCGGAGCCACUCACCAUGUCACCGGCAAAGACUCUUGGUUGUUUGAUACUCGUUCUUUUGAGUGUCCUGUUGGAUUACCUAACAGGGACACAGUGGUUGCCUCUUUAGUUGGUUUAGUUCGUUUAUCGGACAAGAUCACCCUCACCGGUGUUCUUUAUGUCCCCUAUUUGAGUUACCAAGCGAAGGAGCUGAUUGGAAUGGGAGCUAGGAGAGACGGACUAUAUUAUUUUAGCAAUUCGGAUUCGGUGCACCUUGUAGGCGUUGUUGAAGCAUCCUCAGAUUUGGAGUUGUGGCAUCGUCGAAUGGGUCAUCCUUCCGAGAAAGUAGUUAAGUUAUUUCCUCAUGUUAGUAGCAAUAAAGCUUGUUUAGAUAAAGGGUGUGAAGUAUGUAUGCGUGCUAAACAUCCUCGAAAUAAAUUUCCUUUAAGUGAUAGUAGAGCUUCUAGGAGUUUUGAGAAAGUACAUUGUGAUUUGUGGGGUCCAUAUCGACAUGUUUCGUCGUGUGGAGCUCGGUAUUUUUUGACUAUUGUGGAUGAUUAUUCUCGAGCAAAAACUAAUGGAGACAAAUUUGCGAGUCGGAGUAGAAAAUGUGUGUUUUUGGGUUAUCCUUUUGGGAAGAAGGGAUGGAAGUUGUAUGAUCUUGAGUCGAAUUUUUUUUUUGUCUCUCGAGAUGUGAAGUUUGUUGAGGAUGUGUUUCCUUUUGGUACUCCGGUUGAUGUGAACAUAGUGCCGGAAUUUUUUGACACAAAUAGUGAAGUUCAUGGGGAUUUUUUGGAGUACGAGAUAUCUGAUGAUGAAAAUGGCGUUAUUGAUGGCUUCAAUGAGGAAGAGCAAGCUGCCCCGGGUCAGCCACACUCAGGGCAGCCAGCUACAGAGGCUACGGCAGAUCACCCCGCAGCCACAGGACACAACCCGCAGCCAGGCCGCGGAGCAGUCUGCUGCACACCCAGACGCUGUCUGGCAGACCCCCGUCAAGCCGCAUAG